AAUCUUCAUGGCGUCAGAUGUGAUCUUCGACGAAGUAGUUGACGUCUUCAACAAGAUUCGGCGGACUUCAAAUGUGAAAUCAAAGCAAGCAACCUUUCAGAAAAACUUUGAAUCAUGGAAAGAAAAGUGUUCUGAUCCAUCUGAUAUGUUUGUCAUAAUACGGUUCUUCGUUUCGGAUUACGAGAGGUUCAGAAAGUUCGACAUGGGACCGACUAAGUUGGCAAGCUUUAUGGCAAAAACUUUUCACGACGUCAGGGCUGAUUACGUAUCAACUAUCUCGAAAGAUGCAUCAACAGCAGCUCGUCAGUUGGCUGAAAAGAUUUCUGAAGAAUAUAGAACUGAAAAUGAUGAAUCUACAGUAGUCACGGUUUCCGAGUUGAACGAAAUUCUUGAUUUCUUAGCGGCGGGACCAAUGGAUGAUGGGAACAAACGAGAUAAGAUGUCGAAACUCGUUAAGAGAUGCUCUGAAGACGAGUUGGAAUGGAUUUUCAACGUAAUUCUUAAGAACGUUGAAUCAGCUCUUGGAGCCCCAAGUAACAGGAUUCUCGACUGGAUAUCGCCUUCUGCUUGUGCUAUUUGGGAUCAGACACAUGAUUUGAAAGCAGUUCUAAAAGGAAAAUUGGUAGAAAACAAAGGAACCAACGAAUUAGGAGAAACAAAUGAUGAUGACGAUGAGCAUCUUUUUAAAAUAUGGACACCCAUGUUACUUCAGAAGCAGAAAAGAGGUGACUGGUAUGCAAAUAUUGAAAAGUUUGGAGGUCAGAAAUUCUUUCUGCAAACAAAAUUCGAUGGAGAGAAUGUGCUGCUUCAUAAGAAAGGAAACGAAUAUCGAUGGUUUACAAGAAAUAACAAUGAUUUUUCGAAGGAAUACGGUGAUUCGUCAAUGGCAAUCGGAAAGCUCUCCAGUCGUAUACAUUCAUUUUUCAAUAAAGAAUGUGAAUCGGCAAUUUUCAACUGCGAACUCAUGUUAUGGGAUAAGAAAACGAAAAAACUUUGCCGUCACAACGAUGCUUCAACCACAUCAGAUGCUCAAGUUUUAUCAUUCCGACAUGUCAAACCUGACGAUAAUCAACAAUUAACCGUCGUCUUGUUUGAUUUACUGUACUUAAAUGGAAAACCGUUUUUUGGAGCACCACUUCAUCAGAGACUCGAGAUGCUCAAGAUUGCUCCACUGAAAAAAGAACGAGAAGAUACAAUUUUUGUGGCGAAACAUGAGGAGGGGAGUAAAAAAGAGGACAUUCAACAAUUCUUUGAAAUAGCAAUGGCAAAUAAUGAAGAAGGAAUCGUUGUGAAGAGAACAGAUAGUGUUUACGUGAAAGGACAAAGAAGCGCUUCUAAUGGAUGGUUCAAGCUGAAACCGUCUGCAUCAAAGGACUGUGAUCUAGAUCUGGCACUAGUUGCUGUACAUCCAGGAGCUGGAAGGAAUGGAAAAACGCUCUACAGAUUUGCGGCUUUUGAUGAGAAAACUCAAGAUUACAAGCUAUGCCUCUCAUGCUCUUAUGGACUUUCUGACACUGUUCGCGAGGCGAUUCGUUUUGAGUAUGGGCAACUCCUAGAAGAAGCUCCUGAAGAGCUCACAUUUUAUGGAAAACGACCGAAAAAUAUUGCCAGAGGAGAUGGUGGAUACAUUGAUUUCGAGCGCUGGCAAGUGAUUAAAAUCACAUCGAACGGUGUUCGCAACGGAAAAUUGGUUGAUCCUGUUAUGAGAGAGUGGAGACUUGAUAAGCCUGUUGAACAGGUCAACACUUGGGAAGAAUUUUCAGACUAUGCAACGGCACUUCAAGAAUGUAAAUUGGGUGAUAACGUGGACAGUGAUGAAGAAGAUUCUGAAGAUAAGAAACCAGAUACUUUGAAAGUGGAACGAAUUACCCGCAAAGCUAUUCAUCAAUCAGCUCCUGUUCGUCUGAAACGUGCCAAAUUAGAGUCAAGUUUGACUGGAAUUGAAGUCGCCGUUCUUCAGGGAACAUCUGAAACAAUUCGACGAAAGUGUGAAGAGAUCUUGAAACAUUUUGAUGCAACUGUAGUGAAAGGAAUAACUCCAUCCACCAAAUUAUGUAUUGCUACUGCUCCAAAAUCCACACACCCUAAAACAGCUCAAGCCAUCGCUUCGAACUCUUGUACUGUUCUGAAACCCGCCUGGCUCGAACGUUGCAAUAAAGAUGAUCUGAUUCAGGCUUGGUUGCCUUCUGAUGUGUUUCAUGCCAUCGAAGGUGGAUUCGAGAUUCAGGAAUAAUUUACUAAUUUCGAUUAUAUGUGAUAUCGCUCUUUAUUUCCUUUUUGAUAGAUCUACUUCAUGCAGUUUUAUUGUUCUCCGCAUUCCUGUGAAUAUGAUAUUGAUCUAUGAAUAAUCUUUUACCAAUUUGUCAUCUUAUAUAACAAAAUAUAACACAU